AUGAGCAGCUUCGCCGCCACCAAGAUCAUCACGAUUCUCGUAGGACCAGAAAAGGUAGAAUAUUUUCUCCACAAAGACAUCCUCAUCCAAUAUUCUCCGUUCUUUGCGAAAUGUCUCGCGACGAACAUGAAGGAGGCCCUCAGUAAUGUGGUCGAAAUGCCUGAGAUACUUACCGCUCAGUUGACCUGGCUUGCAAUGUACCUCUACAAAAACGCUCUCCCCGAGCAAGAUAUUAAUAAAGCGCCUUACGACGUUUACGAGGCUUGGGCUCUCGCGGACAGGCUCUGUAUGCCCCGAUUCCAAGACAUGCUCAUGGACAGACUCAUGGAUUAUUCGCGUCGGAAGGUCAUACCCAUGCCCUACUUUGCCUGGGUGAUUGAACAUCACAACCACUUGGACACCCUCAGUUUCAGAUUCGUGCGAGAUCAGGUUCUGUAUGAAUGGCCCAGUGGGAAUGAUGCACUGUAUGAGAAAGAGAACAUGGUAGCCGGCCUAAACGAUCUACUCGUAAAAGGUUUCCUGGACAACAGAUUUGUUCUCGAUCUGCUGGUCGCUGCCAAAACGCCAACCCCUGAUCCCUGCAAACAAGGCUGCAAACAUCAUGUUCAUGGAACUAGCAAGGCAUGCACUGUGCGAUCAUAG